AUGACUAAGAUUUGCUUCAGAUAACAAAUUAGAAAGGUAUAGAUUUAGAUUAUUUAAGCCAAAAUCAUCAUUUUGGAUUUUAUACUUAAUUGAAAAAUUCUAAAAAUUGAAAAAGAUAUGGAUGAACUCAAGCUCGAGGGUGGAGAAAAACUCUAGCACUUUCCAAAUGCAGAAAAUAUACUAUCUAAUAUUUUAGGCUGUUUAUCAAGCGUAUUUAUCAAUAUGCAUUAAAAAUUUAUAAAAAGGACCUAUGAUGAGUAUUUUACAUCCAGUAUCAGAUUCCUUGAGUUAAAUUUAAAUUAAUAAUGAAUGUAAUUAGACUUAUGGUCUGUUUUUUGCGUUCCGAUUUGUAUUAAAUUGCAUCUACAAUUAUAGCCAACAUCAAAUAAAUUAUAUUUUGAAAAAGUAUUAAAAAUAUAUUUUUAGAAUUAAUGCUCCAAAUCUUGAUAGAAAAGUUUUUUCCAUAAUUGGGACAAUAACGCUUUUUAAUUUCUUUAUUUACAGCUUGCUUAAUCUGGUUUUGGAUAAAAAAUCAAAAAGGAUUUAUUGA